AUGUCAAAAUAUCUAAUUGAGCCGCGAGAAAAAGUAUCAGAUGCCUUAAACUGGCUGGUCAGACACAAUCCUGCUUACAAGAACAUUCAGAUUGAUUAUGAAUGUUUAGCCCAACUUCCCUUAGAAGAUAUUCCACUUGAUCUUACAAAAGUAAGGUGUGAAAAAGUGAGUGGAAGCGAUGAAUUAGAUUCAGAUAGAGGUCCACUUGAUAUUGACGACCUACCAAACAACGAAGGUACAGAGCUGAGUAGUGUGUUGCUAAAUCCUGUGAAAUUUAAGCUGCAACAGAAAAAAAAAAAUCAUAAAAGAUGUAAUAUUGCAGCACGAUAA